AUGGCUGCUCUUGCUACAUAAGACCUGGAACACAGGACUGCUGUCUGCCCUCUCUGCUCACCCUGCCUAGCUUGAGGAUCUGUCAAUCCAGCCAUGAGGAUUAUCGCCCUCCUCGCUGCCAUUCUCUUGGUAGCCCUCCAGGUCCAGGCAGGCCCACUCCAGGCAAGAGGUGAUGAGGCUCCAGGCCAGGAGCUGCAUGGGCCAGACGACCAGGACAUAUCUAUUUCCUUUGCAUGGGAUAAAAGCUCUGCUCUUCAGGUUUCAGGCUCAACAAGGGGCAUGGUCUGCUCUUGCAGAUUAGUAUUCUGCCGGCGAACAGAACUUCGUGUUGGGAACUGCCUCAUUGGUGGUGUGAGUUUCACAUACUGCUGCACGCGUGUAGAUUAACGUUCUGCUGUCCAAGACAAUGUCAUGCUGGGAAUGCCAUCAUCGGUGGUGUCAGCUUCACAUGCUUCUGCCGCUGAGCUUGCAGAAUAGAGAAAAAUGAGCUCAUAAUUUGCUUUGAGAGCUACAGGAAAUGGUUGUUUCUCCUAUACUUUGUCCUUAACAUCUUUCUUGAUCCUAAAUAUAUAUCUCGUAACAAGAU